UUGCAGUUGUUAGCGUUGGUGCAGCACUUUUCUUGUUUCAACAGUUGGCUGGGAUCAAUGCUGUUGUAUACUAUUCAACUUCUGUAUUCCGUAGUGUGGGGAUUGCCUCUGAUGUUGCAGCAAGUGCUCUUGUUGGAGCCGCAAAUGUCUUUGGCACAGCUGUUGCAUCAUCCUUGAUGGAUAGACAAGGAAGAAAGAGUCUUCUAAUCACAAGCUUUGGUGGAAUGGCUGCCUCUAUGAUGCUGCUUUCUCUGUCCUUUACUUGGAAGGUUCUGGCACCAUAUUCUAGCCCCCUUGCUGUUCUUGGGACUGUUCUCUAUGUCUUGUCAUUUUCACUUGGUGCUAGUUCUGUGCCUGCUCUUCUUCUACCAGAGAUAUUUGCUUCAAGAAUCAGAGCAAAAGCAGUUGCUUUGUCAUUAGGAAUGCAUUGGUUUCGUGCUGAAACAAUGGCAUUGUGUAUUGGCAGCACUGCCUUUCUUCCUACAAGUCAAAUGAAUACUCUUGAGGAGUACCUAGAGGGUGAUGAUGAGCAAGCUGAUGUUGAUUCCAUCGAUGAGCAGACUAAUGGUGCUUCCAUGGAUGUUGACCACGAGGAGGAGGAUAAUAAUAAAGAGAACGCGGAAGAUAAAAAGAAAACACAUAAGCGGACACGAGGCAUAGUGCGAAUGACGAAGAUCAUAGCAGAUAAAAUUAAAGGAAUCAAACGCCAUUUGAGGUUCAAUAGCAGGGGCAAUCAAUCGGGACCCCAAACAGAGAGCUUCAAUGUUAUUUAG